AAGCUGUCCCCUAUGAUGGCGAGAAAAAAAGGUUUGGUUACCACGGAGACUCAUCGGAUCACCAUGACGAUAUCGAAGGUUGCUCAGGCGUUCGGAACCCUGCUGCUGGUUGCUGUGUUCUCCCAGUACAUGCUGACUACCUACUCGUUUGGGGACAAGCCGCAGCACAGAUUCCUGCCGCGGCACAUCACGAAGAAGACGAUCCGCGGGCAGACCUACCACGUGCACGAGGUAGAUCCGAUGUCGCCCAGCCUGCGGGAAAAGUACCAGAACCGGCGCGUUCUCUCCGUCUCGCACAGCGGCGCGCACCUGCGGGCACAGAAGGAGAUGCUCGACUAUCACCGGGGGCGAUGGACACCCUCCGCCGCGCCCCACGAGACGAUGUACGCACCACUCAGCGGGCGGGGCCGCGGCCUCACCUGUGACACCUGUGCACUUGUCUCCAACUCAGGUCAGCUGCUGGGUGGCGCUAGGGGAAGCGACAUCGAUGCGGCGGACUGUGUGUUCCGUUUGAACGCAGCGCCGACGGCCGGGUUCGAAGACGACGUUGGAAAGAGAACAACAGCGAGAAUCGUGUCUCACAAAAGCCUGACCAGCCUGUUCCUGAACUCCACCUCCGUGCUCGGCGGGGGCAGCGCCCCGCGUGGCGUGUUCGUGCACGGGCCGCAGUACGCCUUCGGGAACGCUCGCACCGCCAAGCUGCUGCGGACGCUCGGAGAGAAGUUCAGCACGGUCGACUUCUACCGCUUCACGCAGACCGCGGAGUCCCAGGCAGACGCAGAGUACGAGAGACAGACGCUGAAGUCAAGGAGUAAGACUGGAGUGGAACUGUCCACCGGCUGGUUCGCCCUGACACUCAUGAUGGACAGCUGUCAGCAUGUCCAGGUCUACGGCAUGGUCCCACAUAACUACUGCAGACUGUACCCAGACAGCCAGGUGCCGUACCAGUACUGGACUCCAGGGGGCGUGAGUGAGUGUGUGAUGUACGAGUACCACGAGGAUGCCGGCAGCCAGGGGCAGCGCCUGCUCACCGAGCGGAGAAUAUUCCGCACCUGGGCCGCAGAGCACAACAUCAGCUUCCACCAACCCACCUGGGUGUAGGGGAGGUCCAGACGACACGGGGAGGGGUGGGGAACCAGGGGAGAAUCAUUAAUGUACACAACAUCACCUUCCACCAACCCACCUGGGCGUAGGGGGGAUCCAGACGACACGGGGAGGGGUGGGGAACCAGGGGAGAGUCAGUAGUGUUGGAGGGAGGGGCUGACAAUCCAAGUGUCAAUCCUGCACAGCUGCUUUUUUUUUAUCCCGAUGGAUAAAAACUACCCGACCGCAUCUGUGAAAGGUGUGUUCAUCCGUUAGUGUGUUCAGGGCAGUUGUGAAGCUUCAACAGAAGAAGUGUUUUGUAAGUUGUUAGUUCUGCUGUAAUGUUGGGAGGAACAGCCCCCUGCCCAGAGCUGGACACAAACAGUGCAAGCUUUACUCAGGACAACAUCGUAGAGGUAGCCAGCCCACUGUAGAUAGAUGUACCCCCCCCCAGAACAGUGGAGCACCCCCCUUCAGAACGGUAGAGUACCCCCUCAGAACAGUAGAAUACCCCCUCAGAACAGUAGAAUACCCCCUCAGAACAGUAGAAUACCCCCUCAGAACAGUAGAAUACCCCCUCAGAACAGUAGAGUACCCCCUCAGAACAGUUGAGUACCCCCUAAGAGCCUUUACUACAGGAAUAGAGCAUCCUGUUACAAAAGUCAUCCCCCUCCCUCAUAUAAACCCUCAGACACAAAAAAGACGAAAGCAAUCAAAGUGCCAUGUUCAUCCCCAGGACUCUACAGGUUGCCAUGCUGAAGUUCAAAGUCAAUGCUGGUGUUGCAACGUAAUAAUGCAAUGUGUGUUCGUAAUGCGGCAUUUUACACGUCUUAAAUGUUUAAGACACGAGCUGUUAAGGCUGCUUCACUACCUCUUAAGAAAGCUAUAAUUGAUCUAAGCAGAGAAAAAUGCAAUUUGAGGAAGACUUUUUCUUCUGAGAAAAUAUAUUGUAUAUUUGUGCAUAAUGAUAUGGACUGUUCCAUCUGGUUCUGUAUUGGGGGUGUCAUGGACAGAUGUGACCAUUAGUAUAUUUUAUGUCCAUGUCACCCCCAGGAAACUGGAUGGAACAGUCCUAAAGCUAAGGAGCUGAACUGAGUUCUGUAAGGAACCCAUGGUAGUUCCUUAAGUGUUCUGCUGUAAGGAGCUGUUGUUGUAAAUAUUUGUAUGUUUAGAGACAAUCUGUGAUGCUUUGUUACUAUAGCAACGUAUACUGUCACUUCCGCGGGCUACUUAGAACUUUUGCACAGACCAACAAACUAACAAACUCUAGCUUGAGUCGUCCGUUGUCUGACCUUGUUUCUGCUUUAAUGACCUUGGCAGCUUUGGUUUCGGGAACAAGUUGAUGUGAUAUUCUUCAGCUUUUCUUGGUGGCAUUCUUGUUUGCUUUGCUUGUGUAUUGUUGUGCCGAGCCCUCUGGUUGGUUGCAAUCUGUUAGCAUUUAGGUUGUAACAAGCCCUCUCAUUGGCUGAGCAGCAGUGCAUUUGUUUGAAAUAAAUGUUACGUAAAGUACGACGAUGUUGACUUACAUGUUGCGAAAGUUUUUGGAAGAUUGUACGAAAAUCUAGAAAAUGUUUUUAGAAAUGUAACUCCCUACCAAUAGGGCUAUCUUAGUUCUGUUUCAACAAAAGUCAGAAAAAAGACCAGUUUUUGAAGGACCAGACUUAAGUGACCAAUCAGUGGCGUAACGAUGUUCGAAUCUUGCCAUAUUGUUUCUCUAUGUGUUCUUUGUUUCUUUAAGAGACGUUUCUAUGUUUUUGACUUUCUGUUCCAGAAAACUUCUCCAUGUUGAUAUAUAAAGUGUUAUUUAUUUAAAAGUUAAGUGGAGUAUUUGACUUGUUGUAUAUAGAUGAGUAUUGUGUUACAGUUUAAGUUAUUUAUUUAUAAAGGUUCAUGACUUGAUGUGAUAUUUUCUGUAUCGUGAAGAAUCUAGCUCUCCAACAGUUUAGAAACGUCUGUUUUCAGGUCAAACAGUAUUGUGUCAAUUUUAUCUGAAAAAUGUCAUGUGACUAAAAAAAAGGAGGCUACAGCAAGUUUUUAGUUCUUAUCUCAGUCAAAGACUGAAAAGAAAUGACAAAUAUAUUACAGGUGAAGAAACUGCAUCAUUGCAGACUACAGGAGUUUGUAUGUUUGGGGUGAUGCAAACCACUAAAACUUGCUAUGGCCCUCAGAGACUCGAGUUAUCUGUUUGGGCACAGCCACAGGCGCGUUUUUGUUGGUCAAGAUGUGAAAUUAUUUUUGAGAGAAGGAUGUUUAAAAGUGAAAUUGAUGUUCUGUAAGACAGGCUGAGCCUU